GAAUGUUGCGUAUUGUUAGUAUCGCUAUUCGAGCUUUGCAUACCAAUAUCAAUUUAACAAAUUCUCUUAUUCCUAAACAAUUACCUAUUACACAAUGUAUUCAACAAAGAUUCUUUGGAGCAUUUUCUUCUACAAUUUAUAAUUGGAAUAAUGUUUCUUAUGAACAAAAGCCAAUUCUUGGUCACAUACAUGUUAAUAACGUUGUACCUUCAACACUAGUACCUACAACAACUUCUGUCAGAACACUUAUAAAAUAUUCUAGGAAAAAAGGUAAAAGAAAAACUGUGAAAACUGUGCUUAAAAGAUUCUACAGAUUAAAUUGGGGUAUAUGGAUCAGAACUAUUGCUGGUCGUCAUAAAAAAUUAUGGAAAAAAAAUGCUAAACGGCGAUAUAAAUUAAAACAGCAUGUUUUUUGUAAUGCAAAACAGUCAACUUUAUUGGAUAAAAUGGUAAAUCAUUAUUGGAAAAGACCACACUAUUAUGUAGAUGACCCUUAUACUCCAUAUCAUACACGUGAAGAGUUUCCUUUCACAAGAAAACAACCAAAAGAAUAUUAAAUAAUACAACUUUGUAGAAAUUUUGUUGACAAAUUUCUAUUUAAAAAUAAAAUAUUUAUACUCCCAU